CUAGGUUUUGGUGGACGUUUCGUUCUGUGUGGCUACUGUGUACACCUCGUGACAAGCAUGUUCCAUUUGAUGUUUUUCAAUCAGCUCGAGAAGACGAGCGUUCUGCGCACAUCACCGCAGGAAGUGAAUUCAAUGUGAGUCUGAGAAUUAUAUGUUGAAGCCGAUCGUGAGCUUCCAGUGGACUGUGCCUUCGCAUCCCCUACAACACAGUGUUGCAUUGACCAAGACCAUACGAUUGUCUUUUUUUUCCUGCUUCGUGUUACCUAAUGGGAAUACAAAUGCAGAAGGACAGCAGUCAGAUUUUACGCCAUGCAAAGCAAACGAGCGUCAAGAUUACAGCUGCAUCCGAAAGAAUUCAGGCGAAGAAAACGCUCGCAUCGGAUUGGAAGACAAAACAUACGGCGAAGGGUGAUCCAGUGGGGUGUUCGAGGUCUCAAAGAUCUCCGAAAGUCUCGAAAAAUGUUUCAAGCAAGUGCAGCAGUACUGAAGCUCGAGGAGCUUCUGCUGCUGCAAUCUAUAACGUCGUCGAUGACAUCAUAUCAAAAUCCACCCCGCCACCCAAUGUCAAACCCACGGUACCUAAGGAGUGCUCACCUCAAAGAACGGCUGCAUCUUCAAAGCGUGGAAAUUUGGAAAGGUUUUCUGAGGGCAAACGACCCCUUGACUUCAGUACUCAAAAUGUUUUGAAAAGGAAGAGAAUUACCAGUCCUGCUCACGUACCUGCUGUUGGUGCUGAGCACCGUACUUCACCAGAUACUACAGCGAGAGUGAAGAGCCCAAAAAGGGGCACAAAACUAUCCACACCAAGGCAUCAAAAGGCGGCACUGGGAAAGAGAAGACAAUCAUGUUCAGCACGAACCGACAAAAAAUUGGCCGCAGAUGCGACAAGUCGUGCAGACAAGAAGCGUGCAGUGAUUGCUAAAAGUGCGACUGCAGCUGUGCAGAGGAACCCUGCACCGACCAACAUUGCACACGUUGUACCUCAGAUGCCUGUUGCGGUUGUUGAGAACGUUACCACCCCAAAACGUUUGGCUGAAGUUGUGGAGGCUGUAAACGAAGCCCGUAAGGAUCAAUCUCAACGGCACAUGUGUGAGCCCUCAACGCAGAACACUGAAGUCAAACGUGAGCCAGUUGCAACGAAUGAGCAGCCAUGGAACGAAGAUGCAGAAAUGGAAGAUUUGUCAGAAGCCAUCACACAGUCUGUCAAUGGGCAACAGCCACUUGCCGACUAUAACGGAAUCUACCUUAUCACAGAUACGAAUGUAUUUCUACAACAUUUAAAUCUGAUAAAGGGGAUCAUCAAUGCCGAUACAGGCAGCGACACCUACAUAGUCUGCGUUCCGUGGAUUGUCAUCCAAGAACUGGACCGCAUCCGCAACAAUAAGAAGGAAAGUAAUAAGGAGCUGGCGGCGACGGCAUUCCAGGCAAUUUUGUACAUAAACCGUUUGUUGGAAACGAAAAAUCCUAAGCUCAGGGGACAGACCAUUGCUGAGGCAAGAAUUAAAGACUCUAUGAUGCCCAGAGAUGGUCAUGUCACCAAUGACGACCACUUGCUCUGUUGCUGUUUAUCGCUUCAUCGGCAAGGCUCUCGAGUCAUCUUGAUGACAAACGACACAAACCUGAGGAACAAGGCCAUCAUAAACGGAAUUGAGUCCUACGGGGCACGUAUAGUCGAGAAGAACUUGAAGGGGAUUUUGGCUAAGGCACCCGUAGAUAUAGAAGCAGAAAAUUGGCCAGCAUUGGAGGAAACACUCAGCAUCAUCAAGCAGGGCGAACAGGCCGUAUGGGAGAAAGUAACGCAGAUUCUGCAGUAUUGCCUGUCCGUUGCGCUCCGUGCGGAGCUGAAGAGUGCGCUCGGUGACAACAGGCUGGAGCAAGUUGCAAUCAGGCCCCCUUGGACUGCUCUCAGUGCUCUAGAGUGUGCAUUAAAGCAUUGGCAGGACUGCCACCUUCUUCCCAGCUCUGCAUUUACCAGCACAAUUGCACCUCAUGUGAAAACGCUUGCCAAGAUGCUGAAAGAGCAGGGGAACCUUUUUCGUCAGCCCAAGGCAGGGAAAUUGCAAGAACUCUUUGACCACUCCGUCAAAAUCUGCUCCCAUCUGCAGUUGCACUACUUCCUUUUGGCUGAGGAAGUUGCUACACUGAGAAACCUGAAAGAUGGAUGGAUGCAGCAUAUAAAGGCGACACCAGCUGCAGCAGCAACACUGGCCGUCACAGCUGACGCUCGGGACCAUAACCAGGACAAGCUGCCUACUUGCGUCCCGCAGAGACCAGUGAGAUUCGUGGGUGCCAAUCUGCAAAGGCCUGUACCCGCAGUCACAACGCAGCCGUCACCCAUGCAGCAGUCAGACGAGCAGGCACGGCAGUGCAUCCAGCUCUUGCAGGAUUCUUGGAGUCUUGUAAACGACUUUUGUGGGACAGUAUCGAAGCAAGCUUGCAGGUGCUACGAGUACCCAUACCAGGAGAGCCCACGCUAUGUGUCCAACGUGGCCAGUCUACAGACGGUGUACAAGCACUUGUACCAGACACGGGAACACAUGGAGAGGUUACUCAGAAGGAACUCCAUAGACCUCAUGGCUGAUGUAGCAUCAUUGUUCCUGGAAGCGUUGCAAGCACUUGUUAACGUCCUGCUGGAAAAGCUGGGUCGGGAGAAAAUCCCUUUUCGCGUGACCUCCAGUCAAAUGGCCCAGUUCUUUCAAGAUUCUAGCAGAAGGGACUUGCUCGAGAACGGCUUCAAGCAGAUCGUCACUUUCCAAGACGCCUUGGGCUACUGCUUGUUGGCCACGACGGAGCACGACACCUCGCGGAAGACGUCCUCUGCAUCUUCUUCGUCGAGUUCGAGUCCGCCCCUGUGGAACUAAAAAAAAUUAAUGCAGCUUUGUACAGACAACAAAGGACCUGUGAUACACACUCGGGACUGGAUGUGCGUGACCAUCCUCACCACGCAUUUAUUCUGGCCCAGUGAGAUAUUUUUCUGCUCCAUGUCAUGUCAUAAACGUAACGAGUGCCUUAUUGCAGUGGAUCUGCUUGACAUCGAAGGUACAAUAUUUAUUUAACAAUAAACAUAAUUAUUAUAACAAUAAGCAUAAUUAAGUUUAUCUUGCCCAAGAGUGUAACAGCAUAGAAGUGCGUGUGUGGGGGGGGAAUGAAAACCCGUUACUCUCUCGAGUGGGUCAUGGUGCUCUCUCCCUUCUGCUGUGUCUAAAAACUCUUCCUCUAGAUACGGUUGCCUAGGAUACAGUUAUCUUGACACCAGUACAGAAAGAACAAGGUUCAUCAGCUGCGUCGUUUGUGAAUGAUGCGCGAAAGAAACAAGCGCUUCCUGGAGAUGCCUCGGAUUGGUCUUCCUCAAAUUAUCUCCAGCAACGAUUGGGCAAAUCAUUUGACCAUUGAUAGCCUGCUCUACAUUGUCAAGCUUCUGAAGGAGGAAAGGAAGGUGAAAGCGUAAAUUGCAGUUUCUUUCGCUUAUAAAUCGCGAACAACGGAACAGGUGAAUCGAGUGUUGAUGUCGAGGUAACAGCAUCCUUCAUUCCUUGAUAAGUUCUUGCACUUAUGUUGCCCAAUAACUUUCACAACUUAAGGCCUUACAGCAAAAAGGAAUGGCCGUAGCUAGGUGAAGGCCGUAUUCUGUUGAACGCUGCCAUUCAGUGGGGCCAUUUUUUGCAGUUGCUGCCAGAUUUCUUUCUCGUAUAUUUGCUGUAAGUGCUACAGCUUCCAUAUUUGUCGACAAACCCUUUUCUUCCAAAAUUAUCAUCUCCAAAUAUUGCGGAACAAAGAUAAACUUAUCCAGAAUGAAUAACAGCACGCAUGGACAAUUGGACUGCUGUUGAGAGUAUCCCAUUCCUUUCUGCUUUCGACGACUGGUUUUGGAGCUUCUGUUCCUUUUUUGUGUGUGCUUCUACCUGGAGGCUUUAUCGCUGCCAUUUGGAAUGUCUUGUCCUCCGUUUUUGUUUAUGGCCUUUGCACUUUAAGACCUUAAGCGUGCCUGUCUGAUUACGGUGUAAGCUGGAUGCAGGUUAACUACGACUAGUUUUGCGCGUGCAUACUCCAGCGCUACUCCACCCACCGUUGCCUUACGCACGCAAAGACGUAAUAGUGUAUAAUGCACUAUAUAACUCACUAAAUAGGGUAAUACUGAAGUGUUGUGCUAUGUAACGACGUUGCUUACAGGCAAAUGUCACAGAUAUGCAGUGUUUAUGUUGACUGAGCGCUAGUCUAUCCUUGUUUAUUUGGAACAUUCUGGCACGUUUAUAGUUUAUUUGUUGUUUGUAGCUGCAGUGCUGUUUGUAGGUGCAGCGCCCAUGACCUUGGCUGUUGUAAAGUGCCAAUUAUAUGUGUUUUAUUUUAAAUACAGUAGAUUUAAUAGAGAAUAGUUUUGCAAAGUGCACAGCACAGGUAUAGCAUGGCCAUUUCCAUUUUCCAGUUCAUUGGUAUCUGGAUCCUAUCGAAGGUCAGAAUUAUUUUUCUUGUGUGCUUGAGGACGGGUAGCUAUAGUGGAUGGGUGAACCCUGUGCUGGAGCCAAAUGAUAGCUCACACCUGUUUCUGAAUUGCAUCGAUGCAGUUUAUAGUAUGCUUGCCCGGGCUACAACACCGUUUGUACAGUGUGGCUAGCCCAUGCGGGUAUAUUGUCACAUUCCCUGUGUAUGUUACGCAUAGUCAUAUUUCACUGGUCACAUGCAUUGAACUGAACAGAACCUAGUGUUUCCUUUCAUGGUAAAGUUCUGUUGUUGGGUGGUAUGUAGAGGUAAAUUUGUUGUUUGUUUGCUGUAUUGAACACAGGUGUUUUGUACUUGUUUAUCAAUUUAUAGGGAGCCUACUUCUCCAUUAUAUUGGGGGAGGGAGAAUGCCAUGCAUACGCUUAGUUACAUCUCCAGCUUAGUUGAACAAUAUGGAAAGAUAUUGGUAAUUUUUUGUGGUAUUCGAUGUCAAUUCCUCCUAUCGUGCACUCUAAAAACAGGACAUUCACUGCUUUUCACGCCCUGCACCAAAGAAUACAGUUGUCUCUUCAGAUUUUAGGAGAGAAUGGGUGAUACACCCUUUUGUGGCGAAUAGCAUAUGUCCAAAUUACCUCAAAAAGUCGUACGCUUCCCAUUCUCAAUAAGUCUAGAAAGAUAACGUCAUAUUGAACGGCUGUUAAUUCUGAGCGUGUCAUGCAGCGAAGUUAUGAAUGGUGUAACGUUCGUGCAAAAAUCGUUCAUAAAUCAGUCUGCUAUGGGGAAAGAGGACAUGUCUUGUCCCAGACGGCACUGUCGAUAAAGUGAGGGAUUCGUAAAUUGAGAGGUCUGUAAAUUGAUGGUUGACUAUGCCUCUAGUGUCAACUUCAGGCCUACAUAUGGGCUGUUUCAUGUACUGGCCGGAGGGGUGUGGGACAUUUGGCAGUUACCUUCUGGAAACUUUUGCCACCAUUGAGGAAGGCUUUGGACAAUUUUUAAUUACGGGAAAUUUAUUUUUCAAUUGAAGUUUGAAAAUUGCCAAGCACUUUUUUUUUUUUCGGAGAUAUGAAGUCCUCCAUGUAUAACUGCAGACUCAAUAAAAACUAUGCACAAUAUCGCAACAAAUAGUCGCAAAAAAAAUUGGUAAAAAACAAAUUUGUGGAGAACAACUGAACUGAACUGAAAGUUGAACUGAAAAAAAUCAAUUUUCCUCAAUUAAAAAUUGUCCAAUGGUGGCAUAAGUUUUCAGAAGCUAAUUGCCUAAAGUCCUAGAAUCCUCCGGCGAGUACUUUGCCAGUGAGAAUUUUUUAUCACCUUAGGUGAAACACCCUAUAUAUAUUCAUGUCCUACUCAUGAAUCCAAGGUUCAGUAGGUGAAUGGAUUCUUGGAAUGACAGUGAUGUAUCCAGACCCCCCAACAUCCCCCAACCUAUUUGCUAACACCUUCAUUUUCUGUCCUAUGCACUGACCACAGGAAAGCCUUUAUAUUUUGUCCUUAAAGUUAUGUUGUAUGUUGGCAAUGCUGUUGCAACCUGGACGUAAGGGCAAUAAUGACACCCCCACAACACACAACAAACUUUUUUGUGGCACACAAUGUGUGUGUGUCGAGAGAGAGAGUGAAAAAUUGGAAACUGUCUGAAGAUUGUUACUCCACAUCUCUGGCAUGUUUAGUCAUAUAUCGGGGGCAAAAAUUUGGUUUUAUUUCAGGAGGUGUGAAACUCGACGAAAUUGGGUGAUAUCAUUAAAGGUCUGCCAUCUUGCAUGAUACCAGCCAAUUUCAUCCGAGUUUCUUACAAAAUUUUGUGUAGACACAUUUCAUAUGAACAUUAGAUGCUGAGCGAUGUAGUUAGCGUUCUCCAGUGCUUAUGGGUGACUGAAACUGCGCCUUAAAAUAAUGUUUGUUUCUUUGGCAUUGCCCGAGGUGCUGAUUAAAAAUUGGUCCAGCCCCAAAUCACAAGGCUUAGGUGUAAAUUGCGGGUUAUAAAAGUGUUAAUGGCUCAUGAAGGGUAUGAGUUUUUACAGCGUACAAGGAGCAUACCGAGAAGACUGAUUUUGUAUUUUUACAGUUAGUUUCUUAAUCUCAAAAAACAUUGGUGUAGUAAAAUUAACUUUUUCUUUGUUCUUGUUGGACUUUGCACUGGUGAAAUUGCAAUGGAUUACAAGUGACCAUUAGAAAAACAUUUUGCAAGCAGUUUUGAUGUACAGGUGUUUUUCCUGAUGAAAAAAUGGAAUCCAAAAAUUUAUAUGGCAUCCUUCCAACCUCAAUAUAAGCACUUUUAUUUCUAUUGUGCCGCCACACAUUGUGAAUAAUGCUGUUUUGUAAACUUGCACACGUACUGUCGUCACUUCAAUCUCCCGUUUCAGUGACUUAGGCUCAGAUAAGCACCCCGACUGGGGGUUCCCGAGAGAAGCAAUACUGUGUACUCUCGUUAAUUCACUCUAGGGAUGGCGGGGAGGGGGGGGGGGCACGAAUAUGUGUGAAUUAUCAUAAAUUCAUCAAGUAUGUGUUACAAGACUAAAUUUUAGGUCGUAAUAUGUGCAGAGCACAUUUUAAAAACCUACCAAGACAGACGCCGAACAACAGAAACAGCUUUAUUACAACCUGAGACACUGAAGAAAAACACUUUUAAUUGAAAACACAUUUCACUGUCAGCUCGCCUGCAACCUUUACCCUUCUAGGCAAGCCUGCUUAUAGAUAGGGACAUACACAUAAGACGUUGGCAGACCGCCUGUUACACAGAGUUUUAUUGAUUGACAGUCUGUAAAUAGAGGGGAAUCUAGAAGGUAUCUAGAAGUUAUCUAGAGGUAUCUAGCCAGUACAUGAGUCCUCAGAGCAAAAUUUUCAAUGCCAGCCCCAAAAUAUUGAGCCUAUAUUCCUUGAGCGUGAGGAGACGACUGUACGAAGGGGCGAACUCGCAGACGACACUCAUUUUUCAUUUUGCUGGUUUCAGUCCGUCCCUUCGUGUCCCGUGUCGUCACUUGCCUCUUACUGCUUAGCUGGAAAUAUUGAGUCACGUGAAAGCACCCUUUGAAUUAGGUAGGUUUACAAUAGAUUGGAAACAUAGUGGGCCAAUCUAAAAUUUGAAAUCUGAACGCAAUAUCAGAGUCUGAACGAAUGAGAGUCUACUGUGUUGUACUUGUUGAGGGGACCGAAGUGGGAGGGGCUGGGUACCCGUACAGUAUUGCGUGCUGUAAACAGGAGAGUGCAUGUGUGACGACUACAGUGCUCUUGCCGAUUUAACUAGUCCAUGAUUUUUUCUUCUUCUUCAUUUGCUGUUUUUAGUGCUACACGGUUCUGAAAAUUGCUUGUCUCUUUCGCGGAAAGGUAGGCUCCCUGCAGGUGCCCCAGGGUGCGCGUCUGUAUUGAAUUUGUUUUCCAACAAAUGUCUUUGUAACAGUGUAUUUCUAUUGUGCUGUUUUUCCUCCUUUAAACACCCAGAAUUCAAAGUGUACUGUGUCCAAUGUGUUUGGCAAAAAGUUUUGUCAAAAUGGAUGGAGGCACGUGCCACCAUUGCGUCCCCUGUACUAAAAAGGUUGGCCGUUGUGGCCACAUCCAGAAGCCAGAGUGCCGAACUGAAUCGUUUUUUUCGUUUCGGUUCGAAUAAAACUGUUCACUUUCGGGCUAAAAAAAAAUAACUGCUCGGAUCCUGUUCAGAGCGGGGUUACAAGGCCUCACCACGUGACUUAGAGAGAAUCAACGAACCCGUCUUCCGCUCUGGCACAUCGGUGUGAUGUGAGGUUCGAGAACAAAUAACUACGAUGUAGAGAC